AUGAAUGCUGCGACCGUAAAACGCACAGGUCUCUCCGAGAACAACAUCUCUCUGGAUGUCGAAGUGAAGAAGUCAUAUCCUGAAAAUCCAAUCAGCACGAGUCUCAUGCUUCGACUUCAUGAAUCCAGGGACAGAGUGUCUCGAGAUUCGUUUCUGGAAGUCAUCCGGAGAUUGAAGGACUCCCUCGUAAUUCCCCUCGAGGCUUCCGCUAGACAGGUAGACUUCGCGAACCUCCUCGGUAUCGUGGAUAUUGCGCGAAAAAACGCGGAAGGCGCCUUGCUCGUUCAGCCCCGCCUUAUAACUCUCCGGUCUUUUAUUGAAAUAACUUACGUCUUGCGGCGCAACAUUCCAGGACAUUCCAUGGCAGAAACCAUGCCCUUUCAGCGUGUGCGGCCGCGUCAGGAAAUCGCAUGGCUGUUCUCCCGCUCGGGGAAGCCGUUCAUUAACGCCUCGACACCACCUUUCUUGAAUGGAAGGCUCAUAAAAUCCGAGUUCUCCGUGGAGCGCUUGAGUAAGGCGGACGCGUUUCUGGUACCACUUCGUGCCGCAAAUUUGUCACCCACCAUCAUUAACGAUACUGCCACCUUGACGCGGAACACAAGCAGUGUCCUUCCCCACAGUACAAUCAAUUCCAGUACUCCAAGUCUUCUGUUUUCUGACUUUAAUGCAAAGCUACCACCCUCUACGAACAAGCCUGCAGCAAUAGACGUUUCCAAAUUCCACUUGGAUGGCUUCAGCGACUUCAACCUCGACCUAUCGGUUCUCUCAAGGCCUGCUUCCCCCGCUUCCUCCCCAUCUCCCCAGGCCUCUACAUCCUCUGGACGAGACCUGCCACCAUCUCGCAGCCCGUCUCCUUCAACGGUUUCCCAUCCAGUACCAGACGAUUCAGAAUCAAACAAUAUUUUAAGGAGAGUGGCGUCAGGCAGGCUGUCGCCCGCAGCAGUGACGUCGGUCAUCCGCGGCUCAUGGCCCAUGAUUUCCCGCAUGACAAUCGGUCGCGGUACGCCUUCCGAUCCCACCAGGAAAUCUGAAUGGGCGGGAGUCAGCUACGACGAAGAUGGGAGGCUAGUAAACAACAACCGGUCAACUUCCACGGACCUGCCCGUACGGCAAUCCCUAUCCGACUCUGACUACUACGUCCCCACCUCCCCCCAGCCUUUUGUCCUUCCAGAAUCCUCCAAGAUCCAGCUUGACGGCCUUGGCGGUGCGACCGAUCAUGCAGAAUGGGACUCGCUCAUGCAAACGGUUCUCGGCCAUGGCCAAGAAACACCCUCUACCUCCACUACCUCCGCACCUGCUACCCCUGCUCCGGCGGACCACAAACCGCAACAACAGCCGUCACUUUCCCCUCUCCCUCUUGCCGACAUUGCUCUCGACCCGGAAACGCUGGAAAUAGAUCUCGGUCUGGAAAAGGCCCUGGACUUAGGGUUUGGGCUCGAGAAGAGAAAUAAGGAUGGAACGGGACGAGGUAUGAAUUGGUUCGCGUUGGGUAUGCUUUCGCGCUCAGGGUUCGAUUCACCCUCAGUUUACUCGACUACGUCGCGGCAACCUACGGCGUCGCGUCCGGCGUCUGUUGUCGACUCGCAGACUAAUAUCCUUCCUCGGCAUGUCCAGAGUCAGGAGGAGACGAAAACUCCCGAGAAAGCCGAGCUGAAACCGGAGGUGAAGACUUCACCUUCACCGCCCAAGGCCGCUCCCGCUGUCGUGCAGUCGAGUCCCAAUCCGCGGCCCCCUUGGUGGAGGAAGAUAUUGGGAAAACUGCAGAUGCUUUUCAGUCCUAGAAAAAUUUGA